AUGUCAAGCUCUACAGUCUCCGCAGAGACAGACAGCAGUGCAGCCUCUCGUCCUGAAAAGCGUCCUCUAUCUCCUUCUAGUUCCCCUCAACCUACUAGACAGCGUCCCUCUUUCUCCUCCGAGCACCCUUCUUGGCAUUUCGAUUCUACAAAUCAUAGCCCACAACAAGACGAUAAAUCUCUCGAGACUGGUCUCGAAAAUUCAAAGGUACAACUACCAUCUAUAUUUACUACCUUUGAGGGUCCAUUUCGCCGCGCUUCUCUACCGGCUCUUUCACCUGAAACACAGUCUCGCUACCGAUCGGCUCCAUACCCCCCUACCAAUCCCCGUCGGCAAUCGCACGCACCCACUAACCAGUCUAAUCUGGGUUCAUACCAUUUCCCUCCUUCGGAUACCUCAGAGUUUCCAGAUAAAUCCACUAGUCGUCCGCGCUUGACUGCUGACACCCACCUCAACUAUCCCUACCCAGACUCUUCCUCAUACCUCUCAAGCACAACUACCUCUAGUUCCCAUUUUUCCUCCACUUUCACAUCCCCCCUCACCCCUGAUAUCAAAUCACACGCCGCCCCUACUUCUGCAUACGUAGAAACCGAUACUUGGAACGAGUCCCCAUCAGGUAUUGUUCGCCCGAGCUCGACCGGCCAAUUACCAGCCAACCUUAACAAGUACGACGACAGCAUUAGACACUCCUCCUAUUCCCUUCCUCAGUCACAGAUGUUUACCGCUGCUCCCCGUCAUCCUGCUCAGCAGGAUCGUAGACUUUACCCCGCCUCAGGUCCACCCAAGGAUGACUGGAAUUUUCCUAACCAGGAUUAUCCCUUUUCCUCCAAUAGUACAUCAUUAAAUACGACGAGCAGCCCCGUACCCUCCGCCGCACCACCACCAGCAACAACUUCGUCUCCUACGCGCUCCCCUCCAGCGCCUGCCCCAUCAUCUACAUUAGUUGACCGCCCAAUGCGAAAGAGGGGCAAGUUACCCAAGGAAACGACAGAUUAUUUAAAGGCCUGGUUGCAUCGUCAUUCAGACCAUCCAUACCCAAGCGAGGAGGAGAAAAAGCAGCUUUGCCAUGCCACUGGGUUGAGCAUGAGCCAAGUGUCCAACUGGAUGAUUAAUGCUCGUCGCAGGAUUUUAGCACCCGCUCAUCGAGCAGCGCAGGGACCUACCACCUCUGCACCAUAUCCAUCUGCCACUCGCACAGUGCCUGCUUCCUCCCUUUUAGACCCCGUCGCGCGCCGUGCUUCGUUGCCCGCAGAGAGUUUACAGUUGUAUCACCCCAUGUCCCUUCAAUCGCUGCCGGGAGGUCACGGUCACCAGUCAGCGUCUACGGAAUAUAGUGGAACGGGUCGACAGCUCCUUGCGCGCCCAUCGCACUAUGGUGGUAGUGGCGUCGGUGGCGGCGGCAGUGGCCUAGAUUACUCCCAGAAUAGGCUUGGGCUGUCCACGUACCAUAUAGGACACAGCCAUCAUUCUGGGAGCAGUGGCCAGUCCGGUUACCUUCCUUCGGGCGUUCCGAUGUCUGCGCCUCCGUCCCUUCCCCCAUCCAACCCAUAUGCACCUCACAACAUGCACAAUCAAUCCUCGUUGUAUCCUGCACAGCAUCACCAUUCGUCGCUGUCUCCUAGCUUCAUUCCGAGUCCGUCGCAUAGCUCGCCAAGGCUGCCAGCUCACUCGGCUGACUCGCAGUCGCAUAACUAUUAUAACGAUGGUCAAUUGCAUCCGUCUGUAAAUCCAGGGUCCGCCUAUUCAGCCCCGCAGUGA